GACAGGAGAAUAUCGAUAUUCAAUCGGUAUUCGAUACUGCUGCGAUACAGCAAAAAAAAGAGAGAUUUCUCGGAUUAGAUGAGAUACCAACGAAAAAAUUAUUAGUCAAGUGCCCCCGCAGAGUAGUUCAGCCACCAAAUAGCCCGCAGAACAGUUCAGUCCAGUUGGGUCCAACACAAGCCAGUCGAGAGCCAGCGGAGUAACAAGGAAACCCGUGAAUCCAGAAGGAGGUGGAGGAGGAGAGCCAGAAGCCACGAAGUGGGAAGUAGAAACCAGAUAGGAAACAUGUCCUGGACGGAGAAAGUCGAUCCAGAGCUCAUCUUCACCAAGCAGGAGCGCAUCGGCAAGGGCUCCUUCGGCGAGGUGUUCAAGGGCAUCGACAACCGCACCCAGCAAGUGGUGGCCAUCAAGAUCAUCGAUCUGGAGGAGGCCGAAGAUGAGAUCGACGACAUCCAGCAGGAGAUCAUGGUGCUGUCGCAGUGCGACUCGCCGUACGUGACGAAGUACUAUGGCAGCUUUCUUAAGGGCACCAAGUUAUGGAUCAUCAUGGAGUACCUGGGCGGUGGAUCCGCCUUGGACCUCAUGAAGGCCGGCUCCUUCGAGGAAAUGCACAUCGGGAUCAUAUUGCGCGAAGUGCUUAAGGGCCUGGACUACCUGCACUCGGAGCGCAAGCUGCAUCGCGACAUCAAGGCGGCCAAUGUUCUGUUGAGCGAACAGGGCGAUGUCAAGCUGGCGGACUUUGGAGUCGCUGGCCAGCUGACCAACACCACAUCCAAGAGGAACACCUUCGUGGGCACGCCCUUUUGGAUGGCGCCCGAGGUGAUCAAGCAGUCACAGUACGAUGCCAAGGCGGACAUCUGGUCGUUGGGCAUCACGGCUAUCGAACUGGCCAAGGGUGAGCCGCCCAAUUCGGAGCUGCAUCCGAUGCGCGUGCUCUUCCUCAUCCCCAAGAACAAUCCACCCCAGCUGACGGGCAGCUAUACCAAGUCUUUUAAGGACUUUGUGGAGGCCUGCCUAAACAAGGACCCGGAGAACAGGCCCACGGCCAAGGAGCUGCUCAAGUACCCGUUCAUCAAGAAGGCCAAGAAGAACGCCUAUCUGAUUGACCUGAUCGACCGCUUCAAGAAGUGGAAGGUCUCCAAGGGCGACGAAAGUGAGACGGAGUCUGAGAACUCUGACUCGGACUCGGACGCCAAGCAGGGCGGCAGCAGCCAGGAUGAGCCCUGGAUCAUGACCGUCAAGGGCCUGCAUAUCAACAGUGCUCCGCGGGCGGGUGUCAACAGCUUCCAGUUGCAGGAGCACGAGCUAACCAUGCAGAAGCUGAUGCAGACCACACACUCGCCAGCCGGCGGUGGUGGCGUGCAAGCGUCCCCUGCUGCAAAUGCAUUAUCGUCCUCUGUGUCCGCCGUGGCGGCGUCAGCUUCCUCCGUAUCGGUCAUUACAGCCAACGAAGGUGUCUCCUCUGCAUCCGCCCUGCCCCCCCAGAACAGUCACGUCCACAACCACAACCACAACAACAUUAACAACAAUAACAUCAGAAACUUGAGCAACAAGCAUGCCACCACCACCAUGCUGAACGCAGCUCCUCCGCCGAGCAGCGUCACAAGCUCGUCGUCGGCCAGUGAGCUGCAGCAGAAGCGUUCCAGCUCGAAGCCGGAGCUGCGCCAGUCGCGAUCCGCCGCCCCUCUGGAUCAAGUAGAGGAUCGCCGUGCCUCUUUGGGCCUGCCAUUGCAGUCGUCGGUUCCGACUCCAUCGACGGCUGAGCAGCAGCAACAGCGCCGCAGCAGCCAACGUGAAUCAUUCCAUGCAAAUAACGCCGCGCUGGUUGCCAGCUGCAGCAGCAGUAGCAACAACCACAGCCACGAGGAGCAUGUGGCCACCAACCAUGCCAGCCAUGUCAAGCACUCUGGGGCGGGACAACGCCUAGUCCAAACGAACAGCGCCUGUCUGAACAACUUCCUCUUCCCCGUGCUGAGCGACAUCCAGCGAAAGUACUCCGGCGGAGGAUCUGCAGGAAGCGGAGGAUCAGGCGGCCGUAACAUAGGCGUCGGCAGCGACAUCGGCGACCUGAAGUCUGUGUUCGAGCUGGCCGAACGUUCCAGUCCGGGAGUGAGCGACCUAUUUAUGAAAGAGCUGAUCCACAUGCUCGUUCCUGGUUACUCGGAGACGCGAAUCAAUACGAUCAUGGACCGCGCCAUACGCAACCGCAAGUAGCUGGCGAAGCCGUAGCAAAUUCCGAUUCCAAGCAGCCUAUUUUAAUAUAUACACAACUUUAUUAACGACACCGAGACAACACAAACUGAAACGCUGGAGCAGACAUAUUCCGACAUUUAGUGGCCAACAGAGGACCGGGAGCGAUGUACAUGUAUUUCAAUUGAACAGUUAUUUAAGCAUAUAAUAUGUAUUCGUUUGUUUAUCUGCAAUAUUAAUCUAAUGUAAAACAUAUAUAACUUCAAAAUAAAAACCCCACAAAAAU